AUGCCUCCCAAGUUAGAUCCCAGUGAGGUGAAGAUCAUCCACCUCCGCGCCACUGGCGGUGAGGUCGGAUCUUCUGCAACUCUCGCCCCUAAGAUCGGUCCCCUUGGUCUCUCACCCAAGAAGGUCGGAGAAGAUAUCGCGAAAGCCACUGGCGACUGGAAAGGUCUCCGCGUCACCGUCAAGCUGACCAUCCAAAACCGACAAGCCGCCGUCAGCGUCGUUCCCUCUGCCUCAUCUCUCGUUAUCCGAGCCCUGAAAGAGCCCCCUCGAGACCGCAAGAAGGAAAAGAACAUUAAACAUUCCAAGUCGAUCCCUCUGGACGAGAUUUUCGACAUUGCCCGAACAAUGCGUGGUGCAAACAAGUCGCUCGCUCGUGAAUUGAAGGGUACGGUAUUGGAGAUCUUGGGAACUUGCUUCAGUGUAGGUUGUCAGGUAGACGGAAGAAGUCCCAAGGAGAUUAGUGAUGAGAUCAAGGAGGGAUCGAUUGAGGUGCCCGAUGAAUAA